CUUUUAAAGUUUCCCUUUAUGUUGUUCCUCGGGUGACUUGUGGGCAGUAUUUACUCUAAAGGGCAGGGUCACUGCCACGUGAAGCUGAGUCCUCUGAAGGUUGAAAAAUUGAAGAAAACGGUGCCGAACGGGAAGAUGGUGCAUCCGAAGGACCACCCCUCUUCUUGCUCUUCCACCGAGGAACCCUCCCCUUGCCAAGCUCUCCUCCCCUUUGCUGAUGCAGAAAAGCCUAUUCGGCAUAUAUUUUACGUACCACCUGCGUCUGGAAACUUUAACAACGGUCCCACUUCGUUUUUCAGUUAAUUUUUCUGUUUCAACGUGGCUUGGGUCACUUGACUUGGGAUGCAUGAAAAUCCCUCUCAUUACCAGCAGUGGGAUUAAAAAAAAAAAUCUUUUUUUUCUUUAAACCUAAUGUCGUCUUCUGCAGUUGAGCUUUGGGAGUGAUUUAAAGAACUGAAGCCCAGCACAGGUGCAUGAGCCGAGGUUUAACGACUGGAAAGCGAGGGGCAAAACCGCCGCCCUCCCUCGACGGCGGCGGGCGGUCCUCGACCAAUCACGACGUGCAGGUGCCCGGCGGGCUGCGGGGACGACUGCGCAGCGGGGGCUCCGCGGCGACGCGCCGCCCGACCGGUAGGGGCCGCCCUCGGCCGCGGGCUCGGCGCCCAGAAGGAGCGCGCCCACGUCCCGCCGCCCGCCCCCGAGCGGCAGACAUGGUGGAGGCCGACCGCCCGGGGAAGCUCUUCGUCGGCGGGCUCAGCCCCGAAACCGACGAGCCGGCCCUCGAGGCCGCGUUCGGCCCGUACGGCCGCAUCGCCGAGCUGCUCCUGAUGAAGGACCGGGAGACGGGCAAGUCCAGGGGCUUCGCCUUCGUCUCCUUCGAGAGCCCGGCAGACGCCAAGGCGGCCGCCAGAGACCUGAACGGCAAGUCCCUGGGUGGGAAGGCCAUCAAGGUGGCCCAGGCCACCAAGCCGGCCUUCGACGGCGCCCGGCGGGGCCCGCCGCCCGCCCGCAGCCGCGGCCGCCCCGGCCUGCGCGGAGCCCGCGGCGGCCCGCGGCGCCCCCCUGCCCGGGCCGGGCCGGGCGCCGACGGCGGCUACGCGGGCGACCUCGACCCGCGGCCCAGGGCGCCGCUGGCCCCGAAGCGCGGGCCGCCCCCGCCGCGCCGCGCAGGCCCGCCCCCCAAGCGGCCCGCGCCGUCGGGCCCGGCGCGCAGCGGCGGCGGCGGCGGGGUGCGCGGGCGGGGCCGAGACGGCUACGCGGGCCCCCCGCGCCGCAGCCCGGGCCCCCGCGAGGAGGGCUGCUCGCCCCGGGGCGGCCCCUCGCCCCGAGCCUACGCCUACCGCGACGACGGCGCCCGCGACGACGGGCCGUGGAGAGGCUACGGCGACCGGGACGGCUACGCGGGCCGCGACCGCGCCUACGCGGACCGCGCGGGCGGAGGCCCCUUCCGAGAGCCGGCGGAGAGCUACGGAGACCCGCGCAGCGCCGGGCCGGCGCCCGCCUACGGCGGCGGCCGCUACGGCGAGGCCCGCUGCUGCUCGCCCGACGCCUACGCGGGCGGCCGGGCCGAGCGCUCCUCCGGGGGCCGCGACCGCCUGGGCCGAGCGGACCGCGGGCCGCCGCCCGCCCUGGAGAGGGGAUGCCCGCCGCCGCCGCGCGAUUCCUACCGCCGGUCGGGCCGCAGGGCCCCGCGGGGAGGAGGCCGCCCGGAGAGAGGGGGGCUCCGCAGCAGAUACUGAGCGCCGCCGACCUGCGAGCCACGUCGUCUCGGUAGACGCCGCGGAAGAGAAGCACCUGUCGUGUCGUAACCGCCCGAGGACUCGCGCAAGGAAGAGCUCGUCUUACCCGUUAGGAAUUUCCUGUUAACCACCUCUCCGCAGUUUUUUUUUUUUCUCCUUCUGUGCUUUGGAGAGGAAAAAAGUUAAAACUCGUUUGAUUUCGUGUUGCAGUUGUUAACCGUUUCUUUCAACAAGCUCAUUUUAAAAGUAUACGACUUGAACCUGCGUGCUAGUCUUCUUCUGUUUCCAAGUAGAAAUUCUCCGAAAGGCCUGAUAAAUGAGGCCAAAAGUUGUAAGUUCUUUCACAAACAUCUGCCCACCUAAAAUGGAAAACUGGAUUGUUCUGUCCAUUCAGACCAACUAGACCUUGGGGGAUGAGAGGGAGGGAUUGGUGUGUGCUCCUCCUGAGAUUUCAAGGUGUCUUUCAAACUGAAUCUCAACAGCAACAAAAAACCACUUAGACCAGAUGCAUAUAUAAAGAAAGUUCUCUUCACUCAGUAAAUCUUAAAAAAAAAAAA